AUGAUAACGCAAGGUCCGAAACCCGGGACCACUGAACACGUUUUCCAUGUUAGCUCGAUGCACUUACAGACUUCGCAUAUCUUGUUGAGGCCCUCCGAGCCGCAGUGCGGGCAGUCCACCGGCAGCGAGACGCCCUCCUUGCCGACGUCGUCCGUGUUCUCCAUGGGGCUCCACCGCAUCCGUGUCUUCGAUGUAGCUGUUGCCAGAGGGGUCAUCGAGAAUGAGCGUGAAUGCCUGAAGCGCGUCAGCCGCUGCCAUGGACCGCCCACCUCCGCUCCCUCACUACAGUCGUUCAAACGCUCGCGGAGCGUGGCCAACGUGUGGAUGUAUUCCGCCCCCGUUUUGACCUCACCCGUGCUCAGCUGGAUCGACAGGUUGGGGUCGUUCGCCAUCGCCUCGGCCACCGAGCGCACGUGCUCCUCCAGGCUGUUGGAGACCUUCGAGAGGUACCCCUCAACGGUGGUCACGUAG